AGCAACAUGUUAGAAACAGCUGUGAAUGCAGGGAGGUGAAGUAGCUGAAGUCUUAGGUGGAUAUUGUGUUUUAGUCAUUAAACACAGAUGUAUUUAUGUGUUUAUGGGCGGCGCAGACAGAAACAGUAUGAGUAACAUACUGUUGUGAGAAACGGGCUUUUGCCGCGGCUCGUUUUAUUUAGACGCUUAGCGAAUUAGCGCGUUAGCUGGACGCGUAGCCGGUUUAGCUUAGCUAGCUGUCACCGGGCUGUUUUGUUCUCUGUAAAAGUGGCAGCUUCUUUCAUAACACAUGAGUGUGUCGCUGGUCGUUAUCCGUUUGGAAUUAGCCGACCAGUCUCCUGCUCCACAGGGUUUCCAGUACUCCGCCGCUGCAGUUGAAGGCAUGUCAGAGGAGGAGCGGCAGGACAAAGCUCUGGGGUUAGCCAAACACGCUCUGAGUGGAAAGACUGAGCUGGAAAGAGCCGCUGUACUGCACCAACACAUUGGCAGCAGAGCCAUGGGGGACAUGGUUAUAGAAACCUUUGAACCCAGCCCAGAUAAAGGAGGAGGCGAGGACCCGGGUGGUUCGGUGGAGCCGAACAGUGAACCUCAGGCUGCAGAUGGUCAGGAGGGCACGGGGGGUUCACAGGACAACAGUGCAGCAGCAGGCACUUCUCCAGACUCCCCCUCCAAGCAGCUGCCGGACCAGAUCUCUUUCUUCAGUGGAAACCCCUCCGUGGAGAUCGUCUACGGCAUCAUGCACCUCUACAAGACCAAUAAGAUGACUUCACUGACCGAAGAUGUAAGACGCAGUGCCAUGGUGUGUAUCCUGACUGUCCCAGCGACCAUGACCAGCCAUGACCUCAUGAAGCUUAUGGCGCCAUUUAAUGAUGUAAUGGAGCAUAUGAAGAUCAUACGGGACUCCACUCCUAACCAGUACAUGGUUCUGAUUAAGUUUUGUACACAGGCAGACGCAGACAGUUUUUACACAGCGUGUAAUGGCCGCCAGUUCAACUCCAUAGAGGAUGCAGUGUGCCAGCUGGUCUAUGUGGAGCGGGCCGAGGUUAUAAAGUCUGAAGAGGGAGCCAGUCUGCCGGUGAUGGAGCUGACCGAGCUGCCAAAGUGCACUGUGUGCCUGGAGAGAAUGGACGAGUCGGUAAACGGCAUCCUCACCACUCUCUGCAACCACAGCUUUCACAGCCAGUGUCUCCAGCGGUGGGAGGACGCCUCGUGUCCUGUAUGUAGGUACUGUCAAACACCAGAACCAGUUGAGGAGAACAAGUGCUUUGAGUGUGGAGUACAGGAGAACCUGUGGAUUUGUUUGAUCUGCGGACACAUCGGCUGUGGUCGCUACGUUAGCCGGCACGCCUACAAGCACUUUGAGGAAACACAGCAUACUUACGCCAUGCAGCUCACCAACCACCGUGUGUGGGACUACGCAGGAGAUAACUACGUGCAUCGGCUGGUGGCCAGUAAGACUGAUGGGAAGAUGGUGCAGUACGAGUGUGAGGGAGACACAUGUCAUGCUGAGAAAAUUGACGCACUUCAACUAGAGUACUCGUACCUGCUGACGAGCCAACUGGAGUCUCAGAGGAUCUACUGGGAGAAUAAGAUCGUUCAUCUGGAGAAGGAGACGGCCGAGGAGAUAAACAACAUGAAGGCCAAAUUUAAGGAGACCCUGGAGCGCUGUGAUAACUUGGAGCGGCGGUUAGGAGAAAUAACCAAAGAGAAGCAGAGUGUAGAGAAGAAGUACACUCAGCUGAACAGUCGAGUGGUGAAGCUGAGCCAAGAGCUGAAGGAGGAGCAGGAGAUGAACCGCUAUCUGAGAGCCAAUCAGGCCCAGCUGCAGUCCCAGCUGGCAGAGGAGGAGCGCAAAGGGAAGGAGAGCGGAGAUCGUAAGGACGUGACAAUAGCAGAACUGCAGGAGCAGCUGAGAGAUGUGAUGUUUUAUCUGGAGGCGCAGCAGCAGAUCGAACACCUGCCUCCGGAGGCUCGCAGUGAAAUCCAGGAGGGGCAGAUCAACAUCGCAGCCGGCCCAGCGGACAGCGCCCUGGGCUCGGCGGGAGCUGGUCCCUCCUCUGGCAGAGGCAGGAGAGGCCGGGGCAGGAAGAGGAAGUAGGGAGUGUUAAAAUCUACUGGAAAGCACUAGAAACUAUCGCUGCCUCUCAGCGUGGGCACAUGUUUAUUGCUGUUCAUUUAUUAACGUGUCUGCAUCAUUGUGGUUCUCCAGAAAGCACUCAGAGGAGAAAUGAACACUUGAUGUUAGACACUCGACUCCUUUAGGAAAGAGUAAAUAGCGAUGAUAUUUACCUGCUCAGUUUUCCACCUUUUAACCUAAUGUAGCUUCUACAAGAAGAAAAGAGCAAAGUGUUGGAGUCACUGAAGACACAACAGUCUGUGUGGCUUCCAAGAUCUGUGAUAAAAAUAUAUUCUGCUGUUUCCAAACCUGAAAAGAAAAUCUAUUUUGGUCAUAAAUGGUAUUUAUUUGAUCAAACUUACGUUGAUUUGUGCCCAGUCCAACGCCGUGUUAACUUCUUCUUCUCUGUGUGACAGAAUGUUUUCCUAAACUCCUUUAGUCUCAACUUUUUUUUGUCUAUUCUUUAGUAAAAUGCUGAAUUUUUUUUUUUUUUAUAAUCAUUUUUCAGUAGUUUCCAAAUCUAACACUGAAAAAGAUUGUGGAUGACGAAGACAGAUAGAAGAGACAGAGGAGGGACGUGGAUUUGCCAUGUUGCAUUAGGAGCAGGACGUAUUUUUACCAACUGGGUCAGUGAUUCCCAACCAGGGGUUCGUUUACCACAGGGAGGAUCUGAAAAGAUUGUGGAGGAUCUCUGCAAGAUAAAAACAGAAAUUAUGAUCACACAUUUCACACAUUUGCUUUUAGGAGGAAGAAAGACACAAUUUUGAAUUGGAAAUCCGUUUAAAUCUGAUCUUUGUAUAUUUAUUUUCUCAGUUGCUAAUAAGCCAUCAGCUCUGACAGGUUGCCUGCACAGGACACGCGUCCCACCACCUGAACACCACCUGCUGCCCUCUGAUUCGGUGAAAAGCUGUUGGUGGAACCUGAGUAAUCUUUCACUCAGGUUCUGCACUUCAGUAAAACGUUGAGUUUAUUCUACUUGAAUAUUUUUUGCUACUUUUGCAGCUUUUCAGUAAAAAAUAUAUUUUACUUUUCACUCCACUACAUUUAUUUGACAGUUGUUGUAGUUACAGAUUAAUAUUUGACAUAAAGUAUUUUUCUUUUUCAUUGAAUUGCUUUAUAUUGUACAGGUGUAGCUAAUAAAGUGGCCCCUGCAUGUGCAAAACUUUACCAUAUGCAGUAUAAUUAAUUAGUACAAUUAGGGACGCAAUAAUUGUCAAUCAAUUAGUAACGACGAAAAAUUUUCAAAACUGAUUAAUUGUUCAAGUCAUUUUUUCAGUAACAAAAAUCCAAACAUUCUCGUGUUCGCUGCUUUUCUGCAUCUUCAAAUCAAAGUAAAUCGAGUGUUUGAUGAUGAAGAUGAAGAUCUUAUACAGACCAAACAGUUAAUCAAGGAAAUAAUCAGCAGGUUAAUCAGUUAUGAAAGUAAUCAUUAAUGACUGCAGCUCUUUGGUUUGACAGUAAAAUUAGCUCCACUUUGAUGAGCUGCAACGUUAAAAUGACAAUAAUAAUAUACUCUGGUUAAUCUGUCUGCAUGAUGACUUCAUUUACAUGUGAUAAUUCUACAUUUUUGCUUUGAUUCUCUAACCUGACUAAAAUUGUGAUUGCAGGACUGUUUUCACAUCGUGGUGAAUGUUUCCUCCGUUAGCUGGAUAAAAGCUGAAAGGUUGGGAACUGCUGAUCUGGGUCAUGUUUUUUCACCUGUGCAGGUGUGAGCCUGUACAUCUGUCCUGUAUACAAAGCACUAACCACAAAGCAUAUUUUGAAAACAUAGCAAUGAUCUCUGACCUUAAAGAUUCGACCCUUUCUGUAGGGGAAGGAACUGAACAAGGUGCCAGUGUGUAGACGAAGCAAAUGUUCUGUGAGGAAGUUCCUCUGUUCACUCCUUUAAAGCAUUUUCUGUUUGUUGA